AUGGCCGACCCUUCUUUGGUGUUCCGAUUCGACACUACGGUCAGUUUCUGAUGUUUAGCAAUAAAGCUUCAUUUUAAUUUACAAAAUUUUUGAUUUUAAGUUGGUUAAGAACUUAAAAAUCCAAAUAAUUCGAUAAAAAUUUUAAAUUUCCCUUAAAUUUUGAAAAAUCACAUUUUUCAAACCUAUACUACAUUUUCAGUUUGAGCAUGUCGAAAACCGAUCGGUGCGCAGAAGUCUGGAGAUCGAGGACGACACCGAUGGCAAUAUUUUAUGGUGGAUCCGGGCCGUUCCCUUAGGGCAUUCGGUCAUGUUCUAUUUGUGUCGAAACAUAGUCGAGAGGUACGGCGAAAUCAGGUAAUAUAAACUGAACUAUCACACUCGACAGAUAUGAAUAUUCUAUAGUUAACGGUGAUGCAGAACUCGAAUCCGACAUCAAUCGGCACGCUGUAAUGAGGGAGGACAGUAUGAUGGAAGAAUACAUGCCACCAGCUCUGUCAUUGCCUGUAAAUCCGAGACGCAACUGGUUCAUCGUGCAGGUCAAGAUUCAGCAUCUGAGGCCGCAAGAAUAUCAGAAUCAACCUCAUGAUCAACGUCGGUUUUUAUUGUUCAUUGUAAUCAAACUGUAGAUGUUUAGUGUUUUGUUUUCAAUUUUAAAAUUUUAAAAUCCAUCGUUUUAGGACCAGAAGAACCUGUACAAAGCGACGACCCAGGAGAAGGUUGCAGUCUCGACCUCUACAAUGUAACUGAACAUGAACAGAAAGACAUAACCGACCGUUUACUAUGUUUGGAAUCAUAUUCAAAACGUAAUUUGAAUAUGUUUGUUCAGCAAUUACAUUGCGACUUGGACGUCUACUGUGGAGAUACUGUCAUAAAAGCCCAUAAGGCCGUUUUGUCAGCACAUAGUGUCGUCUUUCGGUACGUUUAUAUCCAUGACAAAUAAUGCCUGACCGGCCACAAGGCUUAAACUUAACAUAGGCUUGGUGCUAAUAAGAAAUUUUCUGAAAACAAGCAAGCUAUGCCAAUUGCAGAUCAAUGUUUGGUUACGAAUUUACAAAAGAAACAAAGACUUCUUCUCUGCAGUUGAUCGACUACUCCACGUACUCUGUCCUGAUGGCUCUUCAAUGGUGUUAUACAGGUGAAUUUGAAGCGUUAGACUCACGACUAGUAGCUUUGUAUAACAUACAAGAAUAUGGCAAGAAAAUCAGCGAAGAACUUCUCCUAGAAUGUACAGAACUGGCUGAUAAGUACGCAUUGGAUGCCAUGCAGGUAAAACUGAUUAAAAGUAGAAUAAAUAAAUUAUAAUAUCAGAAAAAUUUUGAUGCAAGUUAGAAAAUCCAAAAAUGCUUAUUCAAAAUAAAGUCAAAACCUAGGAUUCUUAUUUUAUGUUGUUUUAGUUGCUUUGUGAGCAAAAAUGGAUGGACCGAAUUCGCAAAGACAAUGUUUGUUCAUACUUGGCCUAUUCUGAACACUAUCAAUUGUACAGUUUGAAGAUGAGUUGUGUAGAAAUGGUAAGGUCUUUUGAAUCCAUAUUAAAUUACUCAAGUUUAGAGCAUUCUUGUCAUACCUUUUCAUAUAAAUUUGAGAUAGUUGCUUGAAGAAUAAUCUAAACCUAAGGAAAAAAAUAUUUUAAAUAUCCUGUUUUGCUCCUCAAAAUAAUCAUAAAUUACUAAUUUUAAACUUCAGAUCACUUCAAACCCAGCGAUCAUGAACACUCCAGAAUGGGACCAAGUGAAAGAAUAUGGAAGCGAAACAGCCAGUCGUCUAGAAUCCACGCUAAAGUCGAUAGACCAGCCAGAUACCGCCUUAGGAAGUUCGAAAUGA